AUGAAAAAACGACGAGCAUCCCUUGAUAUCAAUAAUCUCAGCAUUACUAGUAGUCAUCAUCGAGCGUCGCCAUCAUCAUCACCCUCUUCUCCCUCUUCGUCAUCCAAUCAUACUUCCAACCCGAAUAAAAAUUCACAACAACAAACCGAAGAUGAUGAUGAUUAUGUACAACCAACAACAACAUCACGUUCCACAAUUUCCAAACCCAAUCGUAAACUUAUGAAGAAUGCUAAAUCGAAAAGGAAAAAGGAAAUGGUGUUGAAUAUUUGUCCUCCGAGCAGUCUAGGACAUGACUCGUUAGGUGAUGAUGAAGAUAUGGAUGAAAAUGGAAAUUUCCAUGAAUCAUCCCAGCCCAGAUCUGCUUUGCUGCCAUCAAGCAUUGAUUAUUUUGCAGAAGAUGAAGAGAAUUCAGACAGAUCAUUACCAUCUCUUUCACUACCCGAUGAUGCAGAAAACAUCAUUGAACGAGAGAAGGCUCUCACGUUAUCAGAUAUUCAAGAUAUUGAAAAUCAAUAUCAAGGAGGUACCUUUUUCUAUGGACUUUUUCAAAAACACUCUUUCCAAAUGCCUUCGGAUAUUGAAUCUAUCUGGGGUUAUUUAGAAACUGUGGACAUUAUUUUUUAUUUUAAAUCACUUCCCUAUUUGCGAGAGAUUAGUUUUGCAAAUAACAAAAUUAAGGAACUUGUACAUGGCGAUUAUUUAAAUGACUCUACUCGCGUGAAAGAACUAGAAAAAAUUCUACCCAAAUCGCUCAUUGAAAUUGAUCUCUCAUGGAAUUACAUUUCACAAUUUCCUUCUCUUGAGCUAAUUACGCUACUCCAAAAGAAGGGAAUUAAAUUUGACAUUCGAUUCAAUUGUAUUAGUGAACUACCAAAGGAAUUUUUGUAUGAGGCUGACGAAGCUCUAAGCGAUUCCGAAUAUUCCAAACCAAAGUCUAAAACCACAAGCAAAUUUGUUGCACUCAAUCAUAAUACCUUAUUUGACCUCAGAAAUACCAUUCCAAGCAAAAUUCUAGAUAAUCUCUAUGUGGGCUCCAUGUCAUCAGCUAGAAAUGUACAUUUACUAUGUGACGUGCUGAAUGUAAGAUAUGUCCUCAAUGUUUCAAGUUUUGUCAUGGAACCAGAGCAAGGAUUUAAAGGGAAAAAAUAUGAAGAAUUCUUUGACCGAGUUCUCAAUUUAGAGGUGCUCGAUGAUAGUCAUCAAGACAUUAUUGCCAUUCUGGAUGAUUGUUUUCAAUUUAUCGAUGAGGCAAGAAAAGAAAAACAAGUUCCUGUUAUUGUACACUGUGUAGCUGGUCAAUCAAGAAGCGUGUCCAUAGUCAUUGCAUACGUGAUGCGAGAGUUGAAUCUCAACUUUCAACAAGCAUUUGACUAUGUGAAAGAAUGUCACACUUUUUCUCAGCCCAACGUUAAUUUUCAAAUGCAACUCUCAUGUUUCAAACCCCAAAAACAACAAGGAGAAAAAUAA